AUGGCUUCUUCAUCCCGCUCAACGGGAAAGCGGCUCCCUAUCAGUUGCCAGGCAUGUCGCACAAGAAAAAUCCGCUGCUCAAGAGAUGGCCGUCCAUGCCAGACCUGCGUACGGCGUGGCCUGGGCGCAGAGGACUGCAUCUACCUUGGCCAGCCUCGACUCUCGUCUGAACAGGCUGCCCCAGCAGACCCAAAUGUUCAGAAAGAAUUGCUUGCGCGCAUCCGCAAUCUUGAAGGCCUGCUACAAAAACAGGUCCACUCCCAAGCGGGGACUCCCGCUGGUGCGACCUCACCAUUAGGUGCGCCCAGUGCUGCAGGCAGCUUCUCCGAGUCUGAACUAGGUGCUUCUCUGGAAGCGUGGGGAAGUCCGCUAUUGGGCAAUGUUGGUACUCUUCACACGUCGCCCUCCGGCCAUGUGCGGUACGUCCCGCUUGCUUCGCAGUGGGAGUCGGUCGUUGCGAAGAGCCCCGCUGCGGAGUGUUUGCGGAGCUCUGAAGCGGACAUCGCGGAUGAUGAUGAUCUGCAAAUCCCGCUUGCACGGAAUGGGAGUAUCUCUAGGGCUGAGUUGUUGGCGAUUCUCCCACCGGGACGGUAUUGUGAUACCCUCAAAGAAGUUUACUUUCGCGUGUUCUCUCCAGUCUUCCACAUUCUACAUGACUUGACAUUCGAGGCCGAAUAUCAACAAUUCUGUCAUGAUCCCGGCAGUGUAUCAAAGGCCUGGCUGGCCCUUCUCUUUGCUAUCCUUGCCAUAGCAGUUAGCGCGUUGAACGAUGACGAUCCUCUUCUCGCUGAUCUUGGCCGUGAGCGGACAGUCAGCCGCAAUAUCAAAGUGCUCUCAGCACGUUAUCGAUCUGCAGCAUUGCGCUGCCUGGCUGCGGACGGCGUCAUGACCCGACAUUCAAUAAACUCGCUCCAAGCUCUCGUUCUCAUCAGCUAUGCUCGCCUACAACGAGGUCUCCCCUUUUGGACCCUCCUCGGUUUUACGCAUCAUGUUGCUAUCUCAAUGGGCUGCCACAUUGAUCCCGAUCGGUUCAGCCUCGGUCCCAUCGAGCGCGAGGAGCGUCGCCGUGUCUGGGCGGGUCUCAUGAUGCUAUACACUAUCCAAAAUACCUCUUUUGGUAGUCUAGACCAGACGCAGCUUCCACAGGAUGUGAAACCGCCCGCUGACGUCGAUGACGUCGAUCUCCUGACUGCUCCAGCCGUCUCUCUUUCAUCGAACCCCUCCUCACCAGUCAUAACUCGCCCCACGCAAAUGACCUUCCUCCUCCUCACAUCCCGUCUCUACAAGAUCUCAAACCGCAUCUGCGAAUCCAUCUUCACAUACCCACAAUCCCGCAUCUCGACAUCCCAACUUGAAUCGGAAAUCCUCGCCAUCCGUGAGCUCUGCGAUGCUAGGUAUAACCUCGAUAGCUCCCACGAUCCCCUGCCAGUUCAUCACCAGGCAAACCUAAACAUCCUCUACGCACACAUCCACCAAUUACUUCUCCUACUAUUACGACCCAGUCUAUGCCAAUUCUUGCAAGGCGAGAUCACAUCAGAGACAUGCGAGGCCCGCGGGAAGUGCAUGGCGUCCGCCAAGGCUGCACUAUCCAUCUUCCAGUCUCUACUCGAGAAUCCCCAAUUCGCGCCAUAUAAGUGGUAUACCAGCGGUCUGGGCAGCUUCCAUGCUUUCCACGCGGCAGUGGUAUUGGCCACUGGCCUGAUGAACCCGGAGAAUCAGGUUGAAUUCGACGAGACGAAGGAGAUACUCAGCAAAGCGCUGGACAUGUUUGCUUCAUUGUCAGUACGAAGUAUCUUCUGCAGUAAAGCUAUGCCAGUCGUGAGGCAGAUUAUCAGUGACGUAACAUCAACCCAAUACCAACAAACUCAACAACACAAGACACCCCUCCAACCCCAACUCCAACUCCAAGCCCACAUUAACGCCCAAACGCUCCCACAGCAACAACCCAUGCUGUCCUCGCUAGCGCCCACUCUCUCAUCCAUAACCAUGCCGGAGACAUUUAUGCUCUCGCACUCGCAUCCGCAUUCACAAGCGAACUCGCCCGUGCCUACCAUCGCGUCAUCAUCCAGUGAGCCAACCAUGCACUCUACUUUCGGAUUGCAUUUGCAUCCGCAAAAUUGGCUGGGGCCGACUUCUGUGCCGUGGGAUACGCUUGGUGCGUCGAUGGGGCAGUUCAAGUUUGAGUCGGAUGUUAUGUAA